GGGCGAACCUGUGUCGCGCGUUACAUUAAAACUAUCGUACAAUACAACAUUUAAACAAUUCAAAGUGACUUGAAUCGAAUUAAAAAUUCGCUAAUCGACUCGGAUUAGUCGUAAAUAGUGAUGGGACACGCUUCGGACCAGAGGAACGGUUUUCAUCUCGUACGAUGACCGAAAGUUUGAGUUCGAAAAAAAGUUGUGGUCCGAAUGCACUCAACAAAAAAUAUUAUGUGCUGGUAAUAGUGAUGGCUUGAUGGGAUCGCAGUGUGACCAAAAUUGUGUAGAUAGUGAUGUGAACUGUGAUAUAAUUUGGCGAUCGCGUAGAUGAUUGCCAUUUUUGUGUGUGAUAAUAUUAGUUUAUUAGUUACCAAAGAUUCCUGAUGAUCUUGUACAUUAGUUUGUGCUUUAUAUUGGUAGUUUUAGCGGACCCCUUACCCGGCAAGCAUGUACCACUUGAGAGCUACGAGAGUGAAUUGGAACGGGAGCACGCACUGCCGACGUCCGUCCCCAACGCAGACAUACUUAAGACUAACAGCAAUCCAACCUAUCACAAGCCCAGGCCGCCCGCCCACCACGGCGCGGCGCUGCUGGCGGGCGUGGGCGCGGUGCCUUCGUACGCGCCGCCUGGACGCUCCUUCAUCACACCUCCGCUGCCGCCGGAGUACCGCAACCCCUUCGCCGAUAAGCCGACACUCAGAGGCACUAACACAGAUGGGAACAGCUACCUCAACCGGCGGCCCAUUCCCCCUCCUUCCCUCGGACCUGGACACGAGAGGAUCCCCAUCAGACCCCCUGGACAGGAAACCUCCUCCCCGCAAGUGCCUGCCCCACCGCCCGCACCCCCCUUGCCGCCCGUGGGACUCGAGCCGCAGAAGAAAAAGGCACUUAACACCCCUAGCUACAAGUCUGACGAACUAGACGAGAAGCAUGGAACUGAUCAGGCCAACUUCACGGACUUCGUGCCAAACUCUCUAAACAUACCGACGAUUUCGAGAAUACUCUCCGGCUCAAAUGGAAGGAAAGAAGACAUUCCAGAUGUUCUUCUCAGAACAGUCACCGCGAAACCUCAGCACAAUCCGGAAAAAACGUCAAAAAGUGAUAUUUACAUUACAAAAGACGCUGGAGUUACUCUCAGUGAUUCUAAUAGGGACACAUCGACGGAAGGUGUUUUAGCCGUUUUGGACCCUGAAAUGAACAAUUUAGAUAGGCCACUUAUUAUAGACCAAAAUGGAGAAACGAACACUCGGAGAAACCUACAAUACGCGACAAACAAACAGCCAGACAGAAAUGAUAGUAGGCGAGAUGAAUACAUGCCUGCGACAACGAUCGGUUUUGAACUCAGCGAUCCAGAAAUGUCAACAGAGAGAUAUCACAAUUUAGCGAACGUUAAUUCUGAUAAGAAAAUCCUUAAACACGAUCCCAAAAAUAACGGCCCGGUCCAAAGACCAGGAGUCACUUGGCCAUUCGCGUGGAACGUGCAUAUUUAUUCCGCGACUGGCAUGUUCACCCUUCUGGCAGUUUUCUCCAUCUUCAAGAUAAUUCGUUACAAUAAGUUCACUCACCUCUUCACGCAGUACUAUUUUAUAAUUCUCCAUUUAAUCUUAGUGUUCGUUUGUCUCAUGAGAAUAUUUUACAUGUGCUACGAUCCUUACAACAUCAACAAUUCGUUGCCAGUGUUUAUCAGCGAGAUACUUCUCCACGUUCCGGAGAUAUUCUUGAGCAUAGCUUUCGCUUCUACAAUACUGUUCCUUCUGACGAAUAGUAUUAAUUUUAAAACCACCUGUUGUGCGUUUCUAUUUCGUUCUAGAACGAUCAUAAUAGGUGGUAGUUUGCACCUUCUAUCCUGUGUAAUGUUGCAUAUCCUUGAAAAUAGUAAUACAAUUAUUAGGACUUCGCAGGGAGUCGAAAAAAGGGUACUAGGUCUAACUUGUCAAAUUAUAUUUAUCAUGGCAUGCCUGACCCUCGGGCUGUGCUAUCUCUACGUGUAUAAAAUGCUCAAAGCGGUGUUACAGAAGAAAAGCCAUACUUAUAUUCACGGGUUCCAGAAUUUGUACCAAGCUAUCCAUAUAAAUUUAGCUACGGCUUUGCUUUUUGUUCUAAUGGCGACACUUCAAAUUUAUGGAAUCUUUGGUAUUAACCAGGUAAACAUGACAAAAUUCGACUGGUUACAAUGGGGCUACCAAUUCUCGCUGCGAUUAAUCGAGAUCAGUGUUGUGGCUCUUAUUUCAUGGGUGAUAAGCCUUAAAGUCGGUAUCGUAGCGUCUUUACAACACGAGAAAACUGACGGGCAAAAGAUAUCCGGAUUAGGUCUGUUCCCUUGCGCAGCGGGGUCCAGUAACGAACAGUUCGAAUCGGACUAUCCGGCUAUUUGUAACACUAAUACCAAUCUUCACACUUACACCCUAAGAACGGGGAAGCCUAUUUACGAGACCGCUGGUCAUCAUCCCAGUAUACCGGAACAAUGCUGUAGCGGGCCAGUCGAACACCAGAGGUUCCAACUAAACACGUUGGCCGGAACGUGCGACAACAACUCUGGAACCGAAAACUAUUCCGGCCACAGCUCGAUCGCGAACGCUGGCCACAGCAGUUCGACGGAAUCUAGCAAUGCCACAUCCAGCCAAGGUGUGACCAACCAUUUGAUCAAACAUCAUCCCACCCACGCGUACAAUGGCAUCGAGUCAACCUCGGAUGACCACUAUUCCAACUGCGAUCCCGCGAUGCAGUCCUUACAAGGUGAUGAUCCAUUAGACCACGAAUACAACGUCAUCCAAUACGGCAGUAAUAGCGACUUCAUCAGGGACAUCAAGAACCAGAACUACAAUGGCGGUUCGAAUCGAAGUUCGCACAACUUCAAACACAUGUCGUACGACCGAGUGUCAUCUAGAACGAAUAGCAACCCUCGGAAAAAGCACAGGGCGAAAAAUAAGAACGUCCAAAACUGCAUGACGAUGGGCUACGAUCCAUCUAUGAGCCAUCACUACCACCAGCCACACAUGCCAGACGAGUACGGUAACUACAAUGCCGAAAACUCGUCCUACCACGCCACUGGCAUACAGACUCUGAACCCCAACAGAAGCUACGACGGUCCCUGCCAGCAGAUAAGGGCAUCGCAGCGUCGUAACUCGCCUUCCACUGCGAUGGUGAAUUCCAGUGGAAGCCAGAAGCGUGGGAAGGGAAACGGGUUCCCUGACAGGCCGAAGUCGACAGACUUGUACGGUUUCACAGAGGACCCUGACGAGAGGAACUAUCCUUGCGCUUUAGGGACUCCGCAACCGGCGCCGAGGAACUGUAGUUACGAGGCGUCCUACUCCCAGCCCCAGGACGAAAUCAGUCCGAACGAAACUGGGGGCAGUAUGUUAGUAGCUCAGGACGGUUUCGUGAGAUUUAGACCUUUAGAAGACGGUCCCUCGCAAACCUGAUUCACCAUUACCCUGCCGUCCGCGGCAGAAGACCUAAGCUUUUAAACAACGCCGAAGGGCCUUUGUGUGUGUGACUAUGCUUUAUAAGUGUUGCACGUCUCAUUUUGUAUAUUGUAAAUGUAUAGCUAGGAAUAAACGGUCACGUACCGGAACGGCCUCUUGUAAAUAGCGUUCUUUUAUUUUGUAAUAUAAUUUAUAAGUUUUAUAGCGGUGAUAUAUCCGUUGUACACAGGUGUCUAAACUGAAUUGGGGAGUAUAAAAGUAUAUCUAUCCUUUUCACAGCGAACAUUGUGAAAACGUAGCACUUAAUAAUACCCGCCAGUGUUUUUUACUUGUUUGUGUACAGCGAAUUUAUCACUAAUAUCUCUAAUGAGAGAUAACGCCAUUCUUUUUUUAUUAACAUGAUGUGUAAACCUACUGUUAUUUAAUGAAUGUUGGUACAUUAAUAAUGAACAUUAUUCUUGUGUAUACAAAACUUAACAAUACUAAAUCAACAGUACUUAAAUGUGCCAUCAUUUUUAUACUGUUCAUACAAAAAAUUACAUCUUCGUAUUAAUUAUAUACAUAAGUUUUGUAUAUAACAGAAAUGGUGAAAUUAUUAGCAACAAAUAUUAUUUCUAUCUGAAUUAAAAAUAUCAUAAAGUGUUGCCAUUUUAUCAAUUCAACUUGUGUCUUAAUGAUUUCGUUUCAAUUAAAAUUUACUUUUCACCAAUAGUUGCUUUUGUAAGAAGGUGUAAGUAAGUGUUAUAAAUUGUAUUUAUACAUAGUGUAUAAUGGAAUUGUUUGAGGCACAAGACGAAUUAUGAUCAUGUCAUUUAUAAUUAAAUGACAAAUUAAAUGUAUGUGAUAUCGAUAUAAUUUUGUUUAUAAAAACUCUGUCCAUAAUUAUUGUAAGAAAUAUAUCAAAACGUAUUAAAACCUAUAGACCUGCCAAUUAAAUUAAUAUGGGACUGCAUGAUAAACGUCAUAUUUGUUUUAGACAUUGGUGAGUUUAUAGAAUAUUUAAAAACGUCGUUUAAUGUCUGGUUAGCUGACUGUUCUACAGUUUCCAUUGAAUUUUAUAUCAAUAGAUUUAGAUAUGUUGUGUUUACAGUCACAUUUACAACACGUUAUUAUGUAAAUGUAUUAAUUUAAAAGUAUUUAAUAGUAACAGUUCAUAAAUAAUGGGUACAUAUAAAAUCAUUAGGCACUGUCGCAAGUUUUAUUUACCUAUACUAUUUAUAUUAUUCAUAAUGACCAUAAAUGUUUCAAUAGAUUUCCCAUCACUAGUCACGUAUUUUGUUAAAAAAAAAAACAUCCAUUGCAGUUACGUCCUUCGAGUAAAUACGAUUAAUUUUAUCGAUUUUAUAAAUUAUAAAAUCGAUCGAAUUAACGGGAAUUAUAUUGGAAAUCCACAGAAUUUAUCACAUUAUGUAACUGUCACAGAUGUUAAUUAUACGACUUAUAAAUAUAUGGGCAUAAGUGUCGGCGGUUGAAAGGUUGUUUGUUUUAAGCGACUUUGUAGUAGAGACAAAUUUAAAUAUUAAAAGAACUGAGGGAAAUAAGUGUUUUUAUCUGGGUUUCAAUAAGUAAAUUCGUUUAAACAAGUAAUAAUUGGGUAAACUGCAUCAGUAAAAGUGUUAGAAAACGAAAUCCAUUGCUUACUUUCGCAGUGUGAGCGUUGACUGGGUUGAUUGACUCGUUGCCGGUAAUGUGAGUCCGCACUAAGCAACGCUGUACGGAAAAGAUGUGUGUGCGUUUUUUAAAACUUUCUUUUAUGCCGUGUACACAAGAAAAAGUCUUGUGUUCCUGCUAAAGAAAUUAAUAUCUUCAAGCCCUCGACAGUUGCGACAAUCGCUGAUUCCCAAUAUGUAUGUCGAUAAUUCAUAUGGCCCGAAAUGUCGCUUAAAACAAAUGGACUUUUACUCUUCGAUAUUAUAGGUACAUUUAGAAAAAACAUGUCGCAUAUAAGCGUUGGCACUACAAAUAGAUAGGUAAUAAAUAAUUGUGUAAAAACUAGCAAGGGGAAAAAAUCAAAAAGUAUUUAUAUUAUCGUAAAGUUGCGAUUUUGUGGCGUAAAUAAUCAGUGCUCAUAUUAUAAUAAAAUUCCUAUGUAAAUAAAUAAAUAAAAUUAUGGUAAGUAUAUCAAAAUACCAUCUAAUAAUGCCACUUAGGCUGCUCGCAUAUUAUAACACGCACCUAACGCAAUUUAUUAUUUUGUAGUCAUUGAGUCAUCUAGUACAAAGCUCACACAAAGACAACAUCCUCAGCCAAUUAAUAUAUAUCAGUGGGGGCUUCUAUCACCCAAAAAAGGAAUAGAACUUUGACAUUCUUCUCAAAUGCGAAAAAAUAGAGGCUGAUUAACAAAGCACAGCUUAAACCAGCAAUUUCAUAAGCAUGCAAUUUUGUACAUGAAGAACGAAAAUAAAGUGAGCACUAGGUUGGGAUUUUCCAAAAAUCCCAUCCCCUAAGUAGGCUAAUAAUAAUGUAUUUGUACCUACUAGAGUAUAUUAUCAUCCUACUUGAACUAAAUGUUUCUCUUGUGUGAAACAGGAGAUAGCUUAGUCCCACCACGCAGCUCGAAUGCGCGUUGGCGGACUUUUACUAUUUAACAAUUAUGAUCCCUUGGUAAUAAUAAUCAAACCCAUGGCUUAACUGCUUUCUGAAGGUAAAAGGGUCAGUCAAUUUUCUAUUUCCGGACUGGUCUUUGAUCUGUUUACCUGUGUUAAAUUACCUGAAUCUUAACGUAUUACGUAUUACCAUAGUAAGUAAAUGAUCCUUCGCGUUUAGUGUUAAUGACGCAAUGCAUUUUCAAUGAUGAGUAGUUGCGGCGCGUGCUGUAAUAUGCGAUCAGCAUUAUUAUUUCAUUUUUAAUUGUAAGUUUUGUACAUAACGGGUACGCGAAGUGCUCAUUUGAAAUUGUGACGUAUGCGAGCGUUUCUUUUUUUUUUAAAUUCUUUGUUGUAAAUUAUAUCCUUAUUAUUUUUUUAAUAAUUUCAAGACUGUACCUACUUUAUCAUUUAACGAAUGACAACUGACAUUUACUAUAUAUAAAUAAA